AUGGAUAAAUCAUCAGUAUAUUUCAGUCCUAAUACUCCGCUGCCUAUUGUCCAAUUAAUAAGCAAUGUCUUGCAGAUGACAGUGGUUGAUGACCCUAGUAGAUAUCUCGGAUUACCAACAAUUUGGGGGAGGUCGAAAAGAAAAGCUCUUGCCUUUGUUAAAGAUGCAGUGAAGAAGAAGGUUGAUGGCUGGAAGCAAUCUACUUUGAGUCAAACCGGAAAAGAAACUUUAAUUAAAGCGGUAGCAAGUGCAAUUCCAGCCUAUACUAUGUCCUGUUUCAAGUUCCUCGUUUCUACUUGCAAUGAGAUUAAUUCCAUGUUAAGUGACUUUUGGUGGGGAAAUUCUACAUCUACAGGCAUUCAUUGGAAGUCUUGGGAAUAUUUGGGUCUUUCUAAAAAUGAUGGAGGGCUUGGUUUCCGUAAUUUGCAGAAUUUUAAUGAUGCCCUCCUAGCAAAGCAAGCAAAAAGAGGUUCUUCCCCUUCUUGGUUGUGGUCUAGUCUGUUAGUUGGUCGUUCGCUUAUCCAGAAUGGUGCUAUGUGGAAUGUUGGUAAUGGCCGCUUGGUGAAUUUAUGGUCUGAUUGCUGGAUUCCAGUGCUGCCCCCCUCUCCUCUCAAUCUAGAUAAAGGCAGGCUUAACACUCCGGUGUCCUCUUUAAUCAAUUGGAGUUGCAAUUGCUGGGACUUAAGCUCUAUUGAUGCAGAUCUGUCUCCUCUUCAAAGUAGCAAAAUCAGAGCAAUUCCUCUACUGGCUGAUCAUUUUCAAGACAAGCUAAUCUAG